CCUAAUUUUGUAGUCUGGCCACACAAACCAGGUCAAGGAAGUGCAGCAGAAAAACUAUUCGCCAAUUUUUUUGUUAUUUUUUAUGAAAUGCAAUUAUGUGUAUUGUUUCUUUAUUAUUUAGUUGAAAUAAGAGUGAGAUAAUGUAGCGCGUACACCGUAAUGAUUGGAGGCAGUGCGAGUGGUUGUAACAGGACAGAAGAAAACUAGGUGGUGUGACAGCUAAAGAAUACCGCAUAGAAGAUUUUAGCUCAAAAAUGGUUAAUAUCUUCAAAGUUCUAUCGUUUAAUUAGACGUUAUGACUGUAAAUCGUACAAGGGUGGCGUUUAAAUGGGUUCUCUUUGCCAUUUCUAUUGAAAAUAAUCGUCAUAACAUUUGACCCAGUUACAGUGCUGUGUGCGUUGACCUAUGGAUGUGAAUGCGGACUAACUAAAGCACGAUGUUAUUUUUAGGAUACAGCUUUGCAGAUAAUUAAAUAUUUAUAGAUGCCGUUGGUGAUAUCCAAUUGUGUGAUAAAUUAUAGACGAAAGUUCCCGUGACCUUUUACACUUUGAAUACUGGUCCAACAGUUGUUCAAAUAAACACUAUGGAUGGAAGUUUUAUAAUUCCUGGAAAAUCAAACCAAAGUACAGAAAUACAGAUAACAUAAAACACUAUUUAGAUACAACUUCCUUUGAAGGGAUCAAUUUAAUCAUAGUUUUAUUUAUAAACAUAUUCCAAUUCCUUUUUAAUUGAAUAAAAUUAUUGUAUUGAGAAGACGAUUCAGGUUGUGAUUUCUUAAUAAAAUACACAACUGAUGCAGUUAAGGGAAAUUAAAACAAUAAAAAACAGUAGCAAGCAUAUCAUCUUUGUAGCUAGACAGGCUGUAUGUUGUGUCUGUUGCCAAAAAAUUGCCGCCAAAAAUGGAUUCUAAAUUCGAAUCUUAGAUUUUUCAAUUACAACCUACAAUGGUUACUUAAUGUUAUAUUAAUAAAAAACAAGACAAUAUGGUGUUUAUUUGACUGAAUCGCAAUAAGGGUGGGAUUGGGCGUAAAGCCCUAAGGCCGUGGUGACACUUGGCAGUGAUGAAGAAGCAAAAUGUUCGCACUCUAUCAUUGAUUGUGUGCACAUUUACAUAUUUACUGGUUGGUGCCGCUGUGUUUGACGCUUUAGAGUCAACUACUGAGAGGAACAGAUUUGAAGUACUGCAAGCUAUCGAGGGCAUGAUCAUAAGGAAGUACAAUAUUACUGAAGAGGACUUCCGAGUGAUGGAGACAGUUGUGCUCAAGUCAGAGCCCCACAAGGCUGGCCAACAGUGGAAGUUCACUGGCGCCUUCUACUAUGCCACCACUGUACUUACUACUAUUGGCUACGGGCACUCGACGCCGGCGACGAUCGGCGGGAAAUUGUUCACUAUGUUCUACGCUAUAGUAGGCAUUCCUCUCGGCCUCAUCAUGUUCCAGAGCAUCGGUGAAAGAGUCAAUAGACUCAGUAGCGUAAUAAUAAAGUCAAUAAAACGCGCGAUGAACUGCAAGCAGACGAGCGCGUCUGAGGUGGACCUCAUAUGUGUGGUGACCACGCUGUCCUCGCUGACGAUAGCUGGGGGGGCGGCUGCCUUCUCCAAGUUCGAGGGUUGGAGCUACUUCGAUAGCGUGUACUAUUGUUUUAUCACGUUGACUACUAUAGGUUUCGGAGACAUGGUGGCCCUACAAAAAGACAACGCACUGAACCGCAAGCCUUCAUACGUGAUGUUUGCCCUAAUUUUCAUCCUAUUCGGGCUAGCCAUAGUGGCUGCGUGUCUCAACUUGUUAGUGCUACGGUUCGUCACAAUGAACACUGAAGAUGAGAAGAGAGAUCAGGCUCAAGCGGAACAGGCGCAGCAAGUAGCAGUGCGCCUGGAGGGCGACGUGAUCACGGCGGACGGCGCCGUGCUGCGCGGCGUAUCGCGCGGCACCCGCCUGCCCGCAGACCCCAGGCAGAUCACUGCUGGAGACACGUCGCUAAUUCCUCUGUAUGUAGACGAGGAGUACCCGCCCAGUGUGUGCAGCUGUUCAUGUAACUGCUUCGGACCAAACAAGUCAAUACCAUACCGCGACCCACUAUCACCGGUACCACCAACCAACAUCAAACAAAUCAAGUCAAAGUCAAACUACCGCGAACUCGGUAGCAUACCUCGCUACAUAGAGAAAUCCUCAGCCAAGAACCGAUCACAGUCUCUACGCCUCAACUCAGCUUCAGGGUACCUUUACAUGAACGCUAAGACAAACGACUUCCAACUAGACCCUGAAGACUUCAGAGAAAUGGUCGCCAAACGCCGCGAACAACUGCGCAGAGGCAUGAUGAUGUACGAAAUGCGAUGUAACAACAACGAACAGUAUCUACACCCUUACAGGCACAGUCUUAGCACCCGGCUCGAGACCAGUCCUCACAGCUCCUCACUGUACUCCAUGAACAUGAGGUCGGAGAACCGCAGUAACGACCCUCUCGUCGACGACUACGACUCAGAGAAAUCCAGCUACGCGAAAAAGAAACUCAUGAAAAAUAUAGCUAGAAACACCAGUAAUAAACGCGUUGAAAACUAUUUCUAUGAUGACGCGGUGCUACAUUUCGAUGAUGAGUACGCGUUCGACGGGUCGAUACUCUUUGCUAAAAGGAGAAAAUCUAUAGAGAGAAAGUGGGAGGAUUAUAACUGUGAGAUGCCGAAGAGCCACGCGGCCGACCAGGUGUCGAACGACGGCAGCUACGGGUACUACCUGCCGGACGAGGAGGAGCAGGAGCAGUACUUCGUGAACGACACGCUGACGUUCCAGCUGCCGCCGCACCGCGCCAGCAUCUAGUGACGUGUUGUGAAGUGCCAAGACUUGUGCCAACGUAGGUUAGUGCUAGUCUACUAAAUAAAUGGGCCAAUUAAGUAAAUAAACGAUAAAUUAAUAGUAAUUUUACAAUUUUCGCGGUAGCAUCCGAGUUUGAAAGUUUUAGCUUUUACACAUAGUUUAUAGUUGUCGCGAUUUUUAUUGUAAUUCUAUGAUAUGAGCUUGGCUUCCUUGUAGAUAUUGUAAUAUAGUGUUUUUAAGGCUUGUCGGGCGAGCGCUUGAGCGUUUUAUUUUGCACUACGUCGGGAAUCGAAGAUUUUGAAAUAAUAAAAUGCCCCAUAUUAGGCUAGGUCAUUUUAAGAUUGAAUAAAAAUUAUAGAAAUGUAGGUAUCUCGAGUUGCAUUCCUAAGUCAUUUAGAUAAAAAUAAGACUGCAAUAGAGAUGAAUGUAGGUACUUACGGAGACCAAUCAAUCAUACAAUUUAAUAGAGUAUGAUUAGAUAUCUAGUGAUUUUGGCUGUAUGAAUAUUUGGCUAAUUUCACAUCGGCUAUAUAGAAAGAGUUGACGAAUCCAACCCGACUACAAAUUAGUAUACCUUUGAGGUCACAUACUUAAGGACUAUAUCUUAAUAAAGACCAACCAAAAAAUACCUCAUUUCAAGAAAUCACUUGAAUAUUUUUAACUCAGAUUACUGUCAACCUUUUCAUUGUAGUCGGGAAUAAAAAAUACUUUGUAAUUCGAUUAAUCUAGAGGAGUGCAUAUCGAUUUGAACCGACGUAGUGCAAGCGAAAUUCAGUUUUUAUUUCCAUUCGGAGUGAAUUAGGAAGUAGAUACUGUUGCGAGACACAAUACAAUGAAAAUUAUCGAGCUUAUUGAUACAAAAAACUGGCUAAAACCGAUGGUUAAUGUACAGCUAGCGACAACAGUUUGUUAACACAAUUAAAAUACAUGAGGACUAAAAUCUCAAAUCAAAAGCUGUGUUCAACGAGUUUUGUAAUUCUCUAUUAUCCAGGUUAUUUUGUUCUGUAGUCGUGACAGUUAUACUUAUUGGAGAUUUUGGUGUUCAGGUAUUUCGUAAUGUUAAUUGUGUUAAAAACUUUUGCUGUUGACUGUACUUGAUGUGUGAACAAUAAUCUUUGCCUGGAUAGUAUCCGAAUAUUAUAAUGUCACUAUGUCUUUCUCAAUCACUCUCUAUUAUGUUAAAGUAUACUGUAAUGACUGAGAUAUUUUUAAAUAUGAAGAUCAUAUGGCAUUUGAGUAUUUGAGAUUUGUUUCAUCUUGACUGCAAAAGCCCAAAAUGUUGAUUUACUGGGAUUAGUGCCUAAUCAGUUUUUAUUGAAAGAAAUGACGAAUUGAAAGCUAAUUAUAUUCAAAUUAGCCCAGCCUUUUCCUACUUAGGUUGGGGACAGCUUCCAGUCCUAAUCAAGUCCAGUUAACGGGGCAAAAUACCUCUGGGUAAGACUGGUUGUGAGACUUUCUAACUUCUGCCUGCCCGUAAUGACUGCUGAAGAUGUUCCCAGUUUUUAGGCACUUUUUUCUUUCCCUAAUCAAGUCUCAGCAAGUCUAAAAUAUUAUUUAUAAAAUACAUGCCUUUGCUUUCAAGAUGGAACAUUUAUCAAGGCAUUGAUCCUUGUGGAAAACUAUCAGUACCUACAUACUUCAAUAACUGUACUAACUCAAGUCUAAAAACACAGAAACCUUAAUUAUGAAAUAUUAUGAAAGAAUCGCAACAAUUUUGUAUUAUAUAUGCUAGCCGUUAUUAAAAACAAUUGUUUUCGGCCAUUUUCCUUAAAUAUAUAAAAGUUGAGACAUUUCAAAUUCGAAAAACGUAAAAAUAUUUAAUUAUAUAAUAUCUAUUAUUUAUCUAUAAAUAUAUAUUCCAAGAAUUUAUUAUGAUAAUGUAGCUUUGAGCAUUGUUUUUGUUAAAAACUAUGGUUGAUCAACCUUUUCUAAAAAACAGAAUUGUACAGUAAAACUGGUCUAUAAAUGCCAAAUUAUUAUAAAUCCAAUAAUUUUAAGAAUUAAUGAUUUUAUUUGAUCUUACAUCUCAAAGAUUUGUUACAAAAUUAGGUAUACCUCUAUAAAUGGAGACAAAAAUGUUGAUUUGGAAAAUCUUUUCGAAAAUACUUAUAAAGACCUAGAUUGUUAUUGUAUAACUAAAAUUGAAGUUAUAAUAUAUUUGCUUUGCAAUGGAGUUUAGUUCAAAACGAUCACGUUUAACGUUUUUAGUAAGAAUAAAGUUUUAUUCUGAAAAUAAUAAGAUGUUGUCAAAAACUGUAAAGCUACUAAAAUUCUGUAAAUGCUAAUUUACAAAACACUGUGCUGUUGUGUUGUAAAACUAAUUAAUAAUAUCGUACUGACUAUGAAGUGAGUUAACUGUAUAAUACAAAUAUCUAGUCAAAAACGUGAGAAUUACCGUUAAGAAAUGUGUAGUUAAAAUAAUAGUGAUAUUGUGAUUAUUUUAUAUUUUUACAGCGACAUCCAAAAACAUGUAUGUACAUGGGAUAUGAGAGUUUUCUCCUUAACUGAUUUUUUUUUAUCUUACUUAUAAGACUUAUUCUUAGCUGCCAAAAACCUUUUUUGUUAUAUACCAUUUUUAACUAGUAUUAGUAAAUCAGUAUUAUUAUUUGCUGUGAUAAUUUUACCUCUAGUAUUAUAUUAAACUAAGUUUUAUUUAGGUUUAUAAAACUCUUCAAAAUGCCAAAACAUUAUCUUCAAAAGAUCUAAGAUAAAUUAAUUUAUAAUACUCCCAAAAAAGAAAAAAAUCGUUGAUGUCGUUUCGAACGAUUAUUUUACAUUUUAUGUAUUAGCGUUUAACGACGAAGUAUCUAUAAAAUGACAGUAAAUCACUGAUUAAAUAUGGAUAUGUAUGUAUGUAUAGUAAAUAAUUAUAUCGACUUUGUUUAGGAUUUAAGUAAAAAUGAUCUAUGAAAUCUACUAAACAUGACUGCAUUAAAUAUGUAUGCCAAACGUACUCGAAACAAGACACUUUUAACAUAGCUACAAAAUAAAGAUAAACUAUAAUUUUAUUUAAUAUUCGCGUCGGCAAUUUCUCUAUAUUUUUUUAUUGCUUAAUCUGGCCUCAUCAUUUGCUAUUUAUUUUUAUAUAAUGCAUUGGGAGUCUGAAUUUAGCUCAUAUUAAGUUUUUAGCACAAAAUCCAACUUAUUAUGUUUACAUGGUUUUGAGCGUAAUGUUACCUACAUACCUAUUACCUUAUUACCUACCCAAGCUACUGAGGUAAUCCUUUGCAUACCCACGACUGAUUCUAUUAAGUGUCUUGAAGACAAACUAUGUUUUAUGAAAAGACAUUUUUCGUUUAGUAAAAUAAUUUUCAAAAUAUAAAUAUCAAUUGCAAUUGACAUUGCAUAAUUAGGAUGCGCUAUUUAAAUGCUAUAAUAAACUAUCCUUUUUUAUAUGUAGUCGAUUUGCGAAUUCGUUGCUAAGUUCAGAGGGACAAUUCUCUUAGAAAAGUUCCACCUCUUUCAGUGAGAUAUUCAUAAUAUUUUGUACAGAGAUCUGUCAUAACAUUUCCAAAUCAAUAGUUUGUAGUGCAAACGAGCCACCCACGUAGUCCCCAAAUUAAACACUUAUGGCCUUACUACAAAAACUUUAACCCCUGUUUUACACUUGUCUAAAAAAAAUUUGGCUGCAAAAUGAACCAUAUGUCAACGUCAUAAUUUGUCAUUUUUUUAUACAAGUCAUAAACUGACGUUUAAAAGUUUUUGUGGUAAGGCAGUUAACCGUCAGUUGCACAAAGCAUUUUUUUGUAAUUUUACUUUCAUGUUUAGUCUUAAAUGACCAACUAUGUCUCUCACACAAAAUAUGUAAAUGCAAUUAUGGGAUAUAUAACAUUAAAAAUUCAAGUCAAAAGUUGACAACACGACACCUAAUGUUACCGUGUUGCGCCACAAAAAGUAACUGAUCAGUGGAUGCUUCAUUGUAUAUACUGGAGAAUCUGAGGAGCAUUGAAGACUCAUUUUAAAGACCAUCUCUUGAUUGAUACAUGGUGAAUGUCUUAGAAUGGCAACAUCUAUGUAAGUCAUCAGCGCUGAUCUAAACAUAUUUCUUGGUAAUGUCUAUUUGAAUUUGUUGGUUCCAAAGCAUAAAAUCUCAUUUAACAGACAUUCAAAGUAAGAAUAGGUACUAUAUUCUAGUUACUACCCUAAAGAGAAAUGUCCCUCAAACUGAAACUAUAUUUUGCUAAGAUCAUUCUAGUCUUUGUGCAAAUUUUUCCAUAAAACCGCUAAAUUCAAAAUACAAAACUUUUAACGGAUUUUAUUAAUAUUUCAAAAAUAAGAACAGUAAUUUCGACUCUGGAAUUAACGUACGGCUAUUCAAGUGCGUAGGUAUGCUACUGCAUGAGUCAGAUGGCGCGAGUUCGAAACCAACCUGCGACGGAUGUUUUUUCUAUUUUUAAAUACAACUAAAGUCGAAUAAAAAACAGUACACGUUCAAAAA